AUGUCUCCAUCAAUUCGAAUCGCUAUAUCCGGCGGUGGCCUAGCGGGUGCAUCCCUCAUCCACGGCCUUCUUUCCUAUCCGCAGCUCGACGUGCACAUCUUUGAGAGACAGCCAACAUUCAGAGAAGCCGACAUGGUCAUCGGACUAGCUCGGAACGCUCUCGCCGCACUGUAUUUAAUCGGCCCUUCGGAAGCACAAUGUCUCGAGCGAGCCGGUGCUGUUCCGAUGCGGGGCGUUCGAUAUAUGCUUGCCCAAGGAGACGAUGCAGGUAAAUUGAUUGACCAAACGGACGACAACGACGAGCGAAGAGUCACUAGUAUUGUACAUCGUGCAGAUUUUCUCAAAGAAUUGCUUGCCGAUGUCCCCCAAGAACGUAUGCAUGCGGGGAAGAAGCUCGUCAGAAUCGACCGGGAAUUGACGGCUCCAAUGUCCUCCAUUUCACGGACGGGACUACCCACGAGUGCGAUAUCUUGAUUGGAGCUGAUGGUAUUCACAGCUUCAUUCGAAAAUUCAUCCUCGGCGAGCAUGACCCUGCUGCUUUCCCAAGAAACACUGAUCAUGGGCUGUUAUGACCUUGAAGUCAUACGCAGAAGCUCAAGCGAGUCUCGGCAACGAUGCCGUGAACAUGGAAGAUGCGCGAGAGUGCAUGUGGAUUGGUGACGGUACCUACUUGCUGCACAAUCUCUUAAAUACUCCUCAAGGCCCACUGGUCCAGUUUGUUAUUGCUUCGUACGAGAAGGACGCUGAAGAGUCGGACCGCUGGCAUCGUACUGUGACUGUCGAUGAGAUCAGAAAGAUUUAUCAGGACUGGCCACCACACUUAUACGAUGCCAUAGAGAAAGUAAGUGAGAAUGCUUUCCUAUUCCUUGCUCUGGCAGACAUAAAUUUCAAAACCAUGAAGGACUUUCUUUGAUCGAGGGAAGGGCCAUAGGGAGUAAUUUAGGAUAUUUUCGGUUAACAAACCUAACACAGUUACUCUGUGAUCAACCCGAACAACCAGCCAUGUACCUCUGGGAGCAUCCACCUGCCCGCACCUAUACAUGUGGCUCUAUCUGUGUCAUGGGCGAUGCUGCCCAUGCUACCUCUCCUUGGCAGGGUUCCGGCGGCAGCAUGUCCAUCGAAGAUACCCUCAUUCUCUCCACUUUACUUGGCCGUGCAAAGACAACCGCUGAGGGUUUGGCCGCUCUGAAAGUGUAUGAUCGGGUCCGUCGCCCGCGCACACAGCAGAUUGUUGAGUCGAGUCGGGACACAGGUCUUAUCAUGCUCGGCUUAGGUGAACAGACGAAGUUGGAUUUGGAGAAAUUGAGGGCGAGCUUGUUGCGGAGGUGGGACUUCAUUGUAGAUUUCGAUAAUGAGAAGCACCAAAAUGAGGCUUUGGAGAUGAUGGAAAAAGAGUUGAUAUCUUGA